AUGCGCUUCACUAAUCUCGCGUCGCGUCGCGGCGCCGCGCUCAUGCUGCUAGCACUGGCCUUUACAGGGGUCUGGGGCGAGUGCAAUACCAGUGCAUCAUCUUUCGAUUUCAUCAUCGUUGGCGGUGGCACUGCUGGACUGGCACUGGCAACGAGACUAAGUCAAGGACUGCCAGAUGAUUGUAUUCUGGUAGUCGAAGCCGGCCCGACUGCUCCAAAUGAGCUCGGUAUCAAUGUGCCAGGAAAGAAGGGAAGCACUCUUGGGUCCAAGUACGACUGGAACUUCACAACCACUCCUCAGCCUGGCCUGAACAGCCGUCGCAUCUCUGCUAACCGGGGUAAGCUGCUGGGUGGAACCUCGGCACUUAAUCUGAUGACAUGGGAUCGAGGCAGUGUGCCUGAUUAUGAUGCUUGGGAGGCGCUGGGAAAUCCAGGUUGGAACUGGGGACAAUUCAUAUCGGCUAUGUUGAAAGUCGAAAACUUCGACCGCACAAACAACGACUACGGAGACGAAGGCGUUGGGACUGGUGGGCCUAUCCAGACCCUUGUCAAUCGCUUCGUGCCCCCUCAGCAGCAUGGCUUUAAACCAGCACUAGAGAGUCUGGGUGUCCGGAGCAACCUCAACUCACUUGGUGGGGAUCCUCUCGGUGUCAUGAAUCAGCCCAGCAAUAUCCGAGAGUCGAACUACACGCGGUCCUACGCCAUUGACUAUCUUUCUCUCGCCGGUCCGAAUUUGGUUGUCUGGAAUACCACGAUCGUAUCCAAUAUCGUAUUUGGCAAGGGGAAUGAUUCCGAUUCAUUUGUUGCCACUGGCGUUAACAUUAGCGGUAGUACCGUGGAAGCUAGGAAAGAGGUGAUCCUGUCCACCGGUGCCUUCCAAACGCCAACUCUGUUGGAAUUGUCUGGCAUCGGUGAUCGUUCAGUGCUCGCGUCAGCUGGUAUCGAUGCCCUGCUUGAACUCCCUGGCGUAGGAUCGAAUUUGCAAGACCACAUUCGCAUUCAGAACUCCUACCGAUUGAAACCGAACUAUACGAUUUCGUUCGAUGAGCUCCGGACCAAUGCCACAUAUGCUGCCCAGCAACUGGCUUUGUGGGAAGAUAAUCAGUAUUCGGCGUACGACUACACGGGAAGCGGCUAUGCCUACUUGACCUGGGCCCAGGCCCUCGGGAAUGCGUCCUCGGAACUCGUUGAUCUGGCCAGACAAGCUGCAGACCCAGCCAAUGUGAUCGACCAGCACAAGCUGGCAUACCUCACCACGAAUCUGAGCACGCAGGUGCCUGAGGUUGAGUUCAUCUUCUCAGAUGGCUAUACGGGUGUGAAGGGAGCCCCGCCAGCUAGCUCCGCCGACUACGAUUCACACUUCUUCACUCUUAUAGCCGUCGUACAGCACCCAUUCUCAAAGGGCAGCGUACAUAUCAACGCGUCGGACCCGACUGGGAAGCCCAUAAUUAACCCGAGCUAUUUGUCGAACUCGUACGACCUCAGAGCCAUUGUGGAAGCCACCAAAUACAGCCGGAAAAUUGCGCAGAGCGUUGGCUUAAGCGAGGCUUGGGUGGACGAGUAUGAGCCCGGGUUUGAUGUGACUACAAGCGACGCUGCGUGGGAAGAGUUCGCAAGGAAUACAACGCUGAGCAUCUAUCACCCUCUUGGCACUUGUGCCAUGCUUCCAAAGGUUGACGGUGGCGUGGUCUCGCCGGAUCUGAUAGUCUAUGGCACGGAAAAUCUGCGUGUCGUGGAUGCCUCGAUUAUUCCUAUCCAGCCCUCGGGUCACAUCCAGACCAUGAUUUAUGGCGUGGCUGAAUUGGCCGCAUCGAAGAUUGUGGACCAGUACUCCAAGAGCCAUUGA